AACGCUAUAUUGCCGUGCAAUUAGUGUGUUUAAAUAGACUUAAAAGAAGUUAUUCUGUAUGGAUAUGUGCGGCAAAUAUUCGAACAGCUUGUCAAAUUGAAAUGAAAGUUAACAUGGAAAAUCGCAAUUCGAAUGCGGAACAAAUGAACAAGGACUUAGAAAAGGAAAAUAUAAGUACUUUACCAAAGGAAAUGUCUAGAUUACCUGAGAUGAAAGAAAUCACCAAAGAACACUCAUCUCUUAGUUCUGAGGAAAAUAGAGAAAAUCUAAAUUUCAACUGGUGUGAAAAGUCCCUGACGGGCGAAAGCGAGGAUGAAGAAAUUGAUAUUGAUGACAGUGGCUUUCAAGAAAGUGAUUCACCAAUCUCACCAUUAGAUGAGGCUGAGAAAUUUGAUUUUGAUAAACUGAAUUCAAAUACUUCCGAAUCGGAAAAAUCCUCGUCAUCAUCCAAAUCAAAUCUUGUGAAACCACCGUAUUCAUACAUUGCUCUCAUUACAAUGGCAAUUCUACAAUCAUCUCAAAAAAGACUGACACUCUCCGGAAUUUGUGAAUUUAUCAUGAACCGUUUCCCAUAUUACCGUGAAAAAUUUCCAGCUUGGCAGAACAGCAUUAGACACAAUCUUUCUCUAAAUGACUGCUUCAUGAAAAUCCCCCGAGAGCCUGGGAACCCAGGGAAGGGAAAUUAUUGGACCCUGGACCCCCGCAGUGAAGAUAUGUUUGAUAACGGGAGUUUCCUUCGUCGAAGAAAGCGUUACAAGAGAAAUAUGAUGGAAAUGCAACAGCCAACAGCGUUCAUGCCCUCAGCCGAACAGUAUCUUCAUCAUCAUCAUCCAUUUCUUCCCUCCCCAAUGCACGCGCAUCAUUCUCGACCAGGAGUUCCGUACCCGUAUGUGUCACCCAUGAUGACAUCACAGCUACCUUUCUUCGCACAGUCGGACUUUCCUGGACGAUCUACUGUUCCUUCCAUUCCGUUUACAAUGGCAAGCUCACUUCGGGAAAAUUCGCUUCUUGGUCCCCUCAAACCUUUCUCAUCCAGCACAUCUUCCACUGGACCUACACCCCCGAGGAGUCCCGAAUCUCCACCCAGCACAAGCUCCAAGAAAGGCUUUUCUAUAGAGAGUAUUAUCGGAAAUUCCGACAGCAAUAAAAAAUCUAGUCCUACAUCUUCUCCGACGAAUUCUUCAUUUCGUCCGACUUUAUCCAGUUCCAACCUCGGAACAUUGGGCGUUUCUCCUGCUUUAGCCGCGGGAAUGAGGCCCGGACUUUUUGACAUUUCCCGCAUGGGAAACGCAGCUCUUCUAGCGCAAUUUCAAGCAGCUUUACCAAGUAUGAACCAAAUAGACAUUGAAAAAUACAGACAAUAUUUUCAAGCGUGUGGACUAGGCGUAUGGCACCGGUAGAUAUUUUUGAGUAUGUAUUACUUUUAAUAUUGUCUCAGAACUUUAAUAUUUAUUGAUAUUAUAUUAUUCAAUGUGCAAGUUGUGUAUAAAUGUACAUUAGUUAUGUCCUGUUAUUGUAAUGUUUUAUUUACAAAGU